UUACCACCAUUCGCGAGUUGUUACAGAACCUAUGAAUGUGUUAGAUUUUAGAGUCAAGACAGAUAUAGAGUCAAAAGGAGCGCACAAAAAAGUUUCGGAACUUCAAUUUAAGUCGACUGAUGUGAAGAUUGAAGGUAACGUCACUCAUAAUCGUAAAGUUGAUACUUCCAAGAUAACGAAAACAACUUCAUUAAAGAAAAGCAAAAACGAUAAUGGUAGUACUAAUCCAAAUCACAAAUCGACCCGACGAGUCACAUUUGGCGCGGCAUCAAUGGCUAAACCAACCCUUUCCAGGACACAAAGCGUUACGGAAUCUCUUCGCAGAAAGGGUCAUGGAGUUCUAUCUUAUGAAAACACAGAUGGAAUAGUAACAUCUUCUUGUAAGGCAAUUCAUAAUGUGGUCGGUGAAAAAAACAAACAAGAAUUUUAUGCUAGAUACGAAACUUGUUUGAAAAAUUGUACUUCCGUUCUUGUGACCGGUUCUCCGGGUGUCAGAAAAAGGAUCCAUCCUACUGGAAGUUAUUUCAGUGGAACGCUGAAUUCAUCAUCAAUGAGAAGAACCCACGAAACAGAUCGUCUUCUUCUAACAGAUCAUUCUAAUCUUCACGAGACAGAACGACAAAAGAACGAUGAUGGUAUUGUGAAAGAACGACGUAUAAAUAAACACACCAACGAAACCAUUAUAAAAGAUGAUUAUCCUGAGAUUUGUUGUCAUAUUUCGGAUAGUUCACCUCAGACGUGUCGUCCUAUAAAAACUUCAGUUUUAUUAAACGCGGCUCGUGUCGGCAAUAUUUCUUGGUUAAGAGAACUCAUAGAUUACAAUUUGAAAUUUGGUUUCCGUGAUGUGAAUGCCGUGGAUCGGAAUGGCAGGACUUUACUUACUUGGCUAGCCUCGCGUGGAAUAGCUGAUGUUUUGAAUCAAUUAAGUCGAAUAAAAAAUAUCAAUCCUAAUUUGGGUGAUAACGAAGGAAACACACCCUUACAUUUUGCUGUUCGUUAUGAGAGAACGGAGUUCCUGAACUUGUUCUUGGUUUAUUUUAGAGGUAGACUCACUAUUGAUCGAAGAAAUGUAUUGGGUUUCACACCGUUGAUGUGUGCAGCUAUAGAUGGAAGAAGCAGAUCUGCCCAACUAUUAUUAUUAUCAGGUGCUGAUCCGACUUUGCGCGAUUUUGGUCGCAAUUUGAGAGCUGAUCAAUGGGCAUUGCACUGUAGUAGAUUAGUGUGUGCCGAAGUAAUACUUCGUCAAAUAAGAGAGUUACUUAAAUUUCCCGAUUCUUCUCGUAACUGGGAUAGUCAAAUUAAUAUGGAAGUGGUUUUUUGUAGAGGAAGCGCGAGGAAAAUAUCGUGUGAUUCGUCGAGAGAAGAAGGUUUUGGAAUGAAAUUUAGACAAAUUUUUCGAAGAACUUCGACUCUACCCCAUGACAAAAAUUUACGUGCCAAAUUGAUGAAACAAUUAACAGCGGCAGCUUUUUGUGCUACAUCACCGGCUCUUCCAUCUAGAGAAUAUUUACCACCAAAUGAUGGGAAUACGAGUACCGAAAUAAUUGACUACAACGUGAGAAAUGGUAUUCCCUCUACAUCUGAUAACUCAUCAAGAUCUUAUAUGUCUUCAUCUUCAUCGAUAUCUAACAUUUCGACAUCAUCGAAAUCUAGUGCGAAUAAUGACAAAAAAUCCAUUAAUCAUAGGAGGGCUUCGAAUAAAAAAUAAUAUUUUCUCCAUUAACUCCAUUUACUUUGUUAAUACUGAUAGUUUUUAUAUCAUUUUCUAAAGAGACUGUAUUAUCCUUAAUUAUUUUGUCAAUGUUCAAUCGAUGACAUGGAAUCUCGGUACUAGCUACAUUUCUGACAGUUACUUUGUUUCUUCCCUUGGUAUGUUCUGUGCCUAUACAUAUUUAUAUCUCUCGGUAUUUUCGCAAAAACCUAACCUAAUCACGUCUAAUUGCACCAACAAAGGCAGUCAAAAGACUCUAAAGAAUGUAGUUACAUUCAUUCAACACUUCAUUUCGAAAGAUGUUAAAAAUUUAGUUUGGCAGUGCAAGACACUGAUUUCAAGGGUCACUGUAACUCCUGGAAUUUCGCGAAAAUACCGAGACGUCAUAUUUGUAAGGUUAAGUUCAUAUAAGCCAAUUAUGUAAAUAAAAUACUUCUACUAAAUCACUA